CUCUCGCUCUCGUCCUCCAACACCGUUCGUUCUCCUUCUACUCGUCUUUCAUAUCUCCCUUCUUCCUCGUAUUCGCGUUCGUGUUCGAUUCUUCGGCAGCCCACGAUGGCCCGCAUUGCUGGUGGAGUUAACGGGCGAUCCAGUUUAUUUUGGGUGAGGAACUGUCUUCACCAAUAGUUCAAUAGAAUGAUAGAUAAGUUCAGCAAACACAGAUUGGUCAGCGGUAGGAGUGCGAUGCCAGCGGGAGACAAGAAACAAAAAGUCUCAGUGAAGAAAGUUGCUCUGAGAGAGUUGUCAAAUGAAUCCGGGAAUAUCAUUAACUGGCAACCAGAAAAUUUUAUUCUGAAAGAAAAGGGACAAGACCCGGAUUUGAUUAAGGUAUAUGUCCCUGAUUCUGCAAGAUUAGCUGGAUCCAAAAGGAAGCAAUCCGAUGGUCCAGCAAAUCCUUCCAGCUCUCAGAUGCCAGGCAAAAUUUGUUCACAUGGAAAUCUCGUCUAUGUUCGUAGAAGGCUUGAAACAGAACAAGCCAAGACUGGCACUUCAGGCAAUGCUAAUAAAGAUGAAUCUUCUGAAUCAAGGAUGUCAGAAGGCGUUGUCACGGUGGAACCAAAUCCGGUUCUGAAUAAAAUCCAGGAACCUAAAACUGCUACUUUCGGGGGACCGUCGGAUCUUAAUUCUUGUGAGAAGACCAACUCUGGGUUAGUAGUUUCAGAACCACAUGACUCAAGUGUUAUCAGUGAAACUCCUGUAAUUCACGAUUCACUUAAAGUGAAUAAUCAAGAUCGGGGAGAAAGAUUCCUUCAGUUGCAGAUGUUCUUAAAGAGCUGCAAUCAAUCCGGCCAAGAGGAUUAUAUGCAAAUGCUCCGGUCCUUAUCUGCUGCUGGUCGAAGUAAGCAUGCUGUCGAGUUGGAGAAAAGAGCAAUACACCUCUUGUUGGAGGAAGGUAAAGAAUUACAUCGCAUGAAAGUUCUUAAUGUUUUGGGCAAAGCCUCACAACAGGAUCAUGUGAUGCAACCAGCUCAUGCGUCAUCGUCUUUAUAAUCACAUUUUCAGAGAUGAGAACAAGGUAAAUAGUGUCAACUCAAAGAGUUAAACAUGUAAAAGAUGUGGAUCUUUGAUUUUGUAGUCUCGUGACAGUUAUCUUUGCGUGGAGUUGAGAACUCUUGUUUGAUCUGGAAAAGAGAUGCUCCCAUGUCAUAUAAAGAGCCUAUGUAACUUUGAUUUCAGUUUUUAGAUGUGUAUGCAACUAAUAAGAGUAACAUGGAAUUUUGCUUGGAAUUA